AUGUAUGAUAUAUGCCCAUAUGUGAAUCCGGAAAAACGUCCUCCCGGGUGGAAGCCUGAUCCAGAGAUCCAAAAGAAAUUUGAUGAAUUGAGAAAAAAGAAGAAUCACCCCAGAGCCGAGAAAUUGAGAUGGAUUGAGAAGAUCUUGAAAGCAGCGAACGCAUCUUCAACGAAAGCAUCAAAUUCCGAAGACACUAAGAAAAAUGGUGCGAAGGAAGAACAAGCGAAUUUGGUUUUUGAUUCUGAUGAGUUUUGUGGAUCUGUAAUCGACACAGUCAUGUCAGCCGCAGCAAGCACUGGAGAUCUCAAACAUGAAUUCGUACUGGAUAGUGGCGCCACGGUGCAUAUCACCAACGAUAGGAGCAAUCUUACUAACAUGGGCACACAGACCAGGGUUCUCCUAGUGGGUAAUGACAAGAUUGUCGUGCACGGUCCUGGAGAAAUGAGGAUAUUUCCAACCGCUCCUACAAAUAGUAUGGUGAAGGAGAAAGGAAUUCGCAUCCUUGAAGCUUGGUUUGUGGAGGGCAUGCACACCAAUAUCAUAUCACUCAGCAAACUCCGGAAGCACGGUAUAGUGUACGAUGGUUUGAAUGAAUGCUUGUGGAGCAAGGAAAGGAGUCAACGAUUGUGCAAUAUCAAAUGUGACGGGUCGCUUUUCUUUAUCGAAUGGGGACGAAAGAGGGCCGCUAAUAAAAAACUAGAGAACGAGUUAGCUCUCAGUUCAUUCGAGAAAAAGACACUGAAGGACACGGCACAGGCAUGGCAUAAGAGACUUGGUCACCUAGCAAUUGAAGCUAUUCGGAAGCUUGGGCAAGCCACGGAAGGAGCAAUCGUCACCACAAAUAAGAUCAUGAACAGAAACGAGGAUGGCCUGCAAGAGAAAUAUGAGAUUUGUGCAAUGAACGACAACCGCAGGCCAUCCUCGUUUCUGUUCAUGAUCUUAUUUGUGGUGACGAUUGCUCCUUCCGUGGCUUGCCCAAGCUUCCGAAUAGCUUCAAUUGCUAGGUGA